AUGCCAUUGAUCCAUCAUCACCAGCCAUUGCAAUUACUUUGGUGGCUGAGAGUCGGUACUGGCAGCAGUGGCAUAGCUGUUGUGUGCGUUGUUGGCCCGCUCCUCCAACAAGGUUUUUGGCUUUUGGGCUUUUGGUCUGCACGGGGACAGGGGUUAAAAUUGGAAAACGUCAUCGGCGACACCAUGAUGCUUUCUAAUGUCAGGAGGCUGACAGAGAAUAAAAAAUUGGACAACCGUGUUGUUCAUCCAUACUGUGUCCGCCCUAGGAGGAGCCGAUUGGUUUGUACCUGCAUGGGUCUUGGGGAGUGCCCGCGUGCUUGCCGUCCCUUUUCUUUCGUCAAUGGAAGUCCGCAGCACGCACAGUAA